GCCUCUCUUUCUCUUUCUCUUUAAGGACCAGUCUGCGUUUGUGGCAGCCUCUGCUUGCACGUCGCUAAACGUCACCAAAAAAGGAGGCUGCGGGGCACAUUUAGUUGGCUGAAUUGUUUCCCAUUUUUUAUUAUUUUUUCUCUAUAAGACCUUAUAACUAGCGCGGUGUGCGAUGUUGAGGCUCGUCUUCUUGGCUGCCCUCGCCGGGUUCACUCGGGCGUCUGAUGUGCUGGAUUUAACAGAUGACGACUUUGAAACCAGGGUUUCACCCCACCAACUCAUUCUGGUGGAAUUCUUUGCUCCCUGGUGUGGCCACUGUAAAAAGCUGGCUCCAGAGUAUGAAGCAGCAGCCACAAGGUUGAAAGGCAUUGUCCCUCUAGCCAAGGUUGACUGCACAGUCCAUGGCAAAACUUGCAGCAAGUAUGGUGUCAGCGGCUACCCCACCUUAAAGAUCUUCAGAGAGGGAGAGGAAUCCGGUCCCUAUGAUGGUCCAAGAAGUGCAGAUGGCAUUGUCAGCUUCCUUAAAAAGCAGGCUGGCCCACCGUCUUUGGAGCUUAAGUCAGAAGAAGACUUGGAGAAAUUCACUGCUAACCAGGAUGCAGGAGUUGUUGGUUUCUUUUCUGCUGACAGCACAGCUCAGGCAGAGUUCCUGAAGGCAGCAAAUACCCUGAGAGACAACUAUCGCUUUGCCCACACCAACUCUGAAGCUCUUCUCCAGAGCCACGGCAUUGAUGGAGAGGGAAUCAUCUUGUUCCGACCACCACGCCUUAACAACAAGUUUGAAGACAGCUCUGUCAAAUACACAGAAGGAGUUUACAACAGCAACAAAAUCAAGCAAUUUAUUAAGGAUAACAUUGGUGGCAUUUGCCCACACAUGACAGAUGACAACAAAGACCAGCUCAAAGGCAAAGAUCUGCUGGUGGCCUAUUAUGAUGUGGACUAUGAUAAAAACCCCAAAGGUUCAAACUACUGGAGGAACAGAGUGAUGAAGGUGGCAAAGAGCUUCCUGGAUCAGGGCAAGAUGCUGAACUUUGCUGUGGCCAACAAGAUGUCUUUCAGUCACGAUGUGUCCGAGUUCGGCUUCGACGCCACCACAGGAGAGUUGCCUGUCGUUGCUAUUCGCACCGCCAAGGGUGACAAAUACGCCAUGACAGAGGAAUUCACUCGUGAUGGAAAAGCUUUGGAGCGUUUCCUGCAGGACUACUUUGAUGGCAAUCUGAAGCGCUACCUCAAGUCUGAGCCCAUUCCCGAGAACAAUGACGGACCUGUCAAGGUUCUUGUUGCUGAGAACUUUGACUCCAUCGUCAACGAUGACAGCAAAGACGUGCUGAUCGAGUUUUAUGCCCCAUGGUGUGGACACUGCAAGAGUCUGGAGCCCAAAUACAACGAGCUGGGAGAAAAGCUGGUCAAUGAUCCCAACAUUGUCAUUGCCAAGAUGGAUGCUACAGCCAACGAUGUGCCAUCGCCGUAUGAAGUCAGCGGUUUCCGUUCAAUCUACUUUUCACCAGCUGGACGUAAAAUGAAUCCAAAGAGAUAUGAGGGAGGUCGCGAGGUGAGUGACUUCAUCUCCUACCUGAAGAGGGAGGCUUCUAACACCCCAGUGGUGCAAGACGAGCCCAAGAAGAAGAAGAAGAAGUCCGAGCUAUAAAAACUUCCUCCAAAAAAAUCGGGGAUUGGUGGAAUCCAUGUGGAGAAAGAACUAAAUUAUAUCCCACUCUUUUAGUGAACUACCGAAUGCUCUGAAGCCACGUCCAAAAGACACAGCCCUCCCUUUAGGUCCUCAGCUGCUCUGGAAAAACUGUGGAAGCAGAAGUGGUGACCAGGGCCUGCCUGAUGUUUAAAAACAAAAACAGAUUUUCUUUUUUUUUUUUAGGGAAGAGGUGACAGCUUUUGAAAACAAGAGAUUUUUUUGAUAAUUUUUUUCCACCCUUGGUCUGAAAAUCAUACGUCAGGCCGAUGCACUUUGGUUUGACACCAGUCUUGUCAUGUCUCGCUCUAUUUUGUUGUUGUCGUCACUGGGGAUAAUGGUAAUGGUGAUUUCAAUUUUUCUUUGUUUGUAUCAUGUCUUUGUUUUUGUACAUUUGGAAGGAUUAUGGAAUAAAAAAGGCCCACAAAUCCAAA